AGCUGUAACCAAGUACAUAUUUGUAGUGUCCCUGAGUCCAGCGCAGGACCCACACAGAGAAUUGCCACUGUAACGGAACGAAAAAACGUUGCCAGUGCCAUACAGCAGAGUAAUCUGAGAAGAAGACGUGACUGUGAAGAAAUUCGGAAAGUCAGUGCUACCAUAGUGCUUGAAUCAGCACCUAAUUUGCCAUUAAUAAUCACAUACCUGUACAUUGGGCAUGCAGCACCCAGCAGCAACCAUCCCGAUCUUUGAUAAAUCCCACCUGUUCUUGCCUUUAACAACAAACCCAUUCAAUCCGAUUCCUAAUAUGGAUUAUCUGCGGUGUCCAGCAACAGGACAUAUCUAUUGCCUAACAACAGGGAUCUUAUACCAGAUAACAGCUAUUCCACUGUCUACUAACAUCCAGCAGUUAUUGCAGAGAAAAGAGAGAGAUUUAUCAUUACUUCCCAGCAAUCCUGCCCCGUGCACAGAGCAAGUAUCUUCCAUAAAUCCCAUUAACAAUCCAGAUCCAACCGUACGGUGCAAUACAUCUUCAAUAACUUCAGAUGAUCAGGGCAACAAACUUCCAAGCAUCAAGAGCAAAACUAAUCUCCCUCCUCAAAGCAACUCCCCUGCACAAAGUAAAAUCAAAUCUUCUACAAAUCCACAGAGUAAUCCUGCUCCAACCACCAAGAAAAAAAAGAAGGAAAAAAAGAGACAUAGGAAAAUCACUCAGGAUAAACUUGUUCCUACACAAGCCAAUCCUGCGGCUCCUAAAACGAAAUCUGCAGCAGCCAAACAGAGCAAACCUUCUGUACCUUCUCAGGUGAUACCCCCCAAAUCAUUCAAAAUCAAAUCUGCUCCAAUUACCAGAACAAUACUCCCUCCAAUAACCGAGAUCAGACCUGCUUCAUACUCCAACAGGUAUUCUGCCACUACUGCCCAGAGUAAACUCAACACUCGUUCCCCAUACAAUCCUUUAAGAAAUUCUAACAGCAAAUCUUCUAGAUUCUAUAUAAUGGCUUUGCACCAAGUGACCGAUCUUAUUCGACCAAUCCAAAAUAUUUUUGAUCAUGUGUUUCCAGAAGAGAAAUCUGCUUUUCUGAAUUUGAGAAAAUUUCCACCAUGUCACAUAAGCAAACCUGUUAAAAGUACUCAGUUAUGUCCUUUGUCUCUUUCCAAACACACAGGUAGCGCUAAAUCCUUGAAAAAGCCAUCUCUGAAUUUCAGCAGAGAAGAUGAUGCUAUGCUUUGUACAUUCAAAAAGAGAGUUACAAAAAGAAAGAAGUUUGCACAAGCUUCUUUAUUUAUUAAACAAGAAUUGUAUUCUUUUUGUAACUGAGCAGAAGUGAGAGUGUACAGAGAAAUAAAAAAAGCGGUAUUGUAGGGAACAGGGUAGCAAAGUAUUGUGCUGAACUGCAGUCUAGACAAAGAUAUUACAGUAAAUAUUCCUUGUAAAAUAUGCAGUAAAAAUAUUCUUGAUAAUAUUACAAGUAGUUCUAGAGAGAUUAAGAAGGAGGGAGGGAACAUCCAAAGCUGUAUCUAUGCAAGUUGUAAAAUGUAGGGGAUACUUAGCUGGAAAGUGGAAGAUCUGGGGGUGUUAGUACAGGAAAGAGAAAGUUGGGGAAAGGGACAGUAACUCUGGAGGAAGCAUAAAUUGCAUUGGACAAGCUAUAAACAAAGUAGAGAGGAGAGUUCAAUUAUGAGAUGAAACGCGGGCAUCAAAAUGGACCAACCAGUUGCUCCAUACAUUGAGAAAGUGGCAACGAUCAUACAAUAUGCUGGUGGUACUCUCAUAGAAAAAUACAGUAUUUGACAGAUUUUAUUAACUAGAGCAUGAAGAAAGGGUGUUUCCAGUUGACUGCUAUAAGAUGUCUGGCUGCGAUGAGGACAUGGUUAAUGAAUUUCUGGGUGGCCGUAGGAGUAUUAGGAAGUAGGCGAGAGAAGUUUGCUCAAGUUUCCAGGAGAGUCAACAAUAAACUUAUCUGGAGAUUCCUUCUGCCUUUCAACCAAAGACCAUGUUCUCACAAGACAAACCCCUUCAACAAGAUGAAAGGCAACCUGUUUAGAGUAGUCAGUGUAAGAAUUGCAUAAUGGCAUCUUCAAUACAUUAUUCACAGUCGAUUCACAAAGAAUGAAAAGGAACACAUGCCCAUAAUACAGCUGCGAGCUACUGUCUUCUGAGUUCAGGACAUAGGAAACCUAAAACACUUCAGUAGGGGAUAAGAUCUUGUAUGGAAGAUGAGGCCAUUCAUAAGUCCAAAAAGCUGAAUUUGGAAAAACACAAAAUAAUACUAAAGAUGCAAGACAAGGGCCUGCUCAGUCACCCAUAGAAGCCUUUGCUGGUAAGUUUGGUCAGGAAGUUGACAGAAGCAGAGAAGAAGACAGCUGGUCCUUACUGAUAGCACACUGCGACAAGCCCAUUUCAUCUGUCUGAGGUGGAGUUAGACCUCUUACACCCUGUGGAGGGACCAUACUUACUAAAGCCAAAUUCAGUGCCACAUGACAAUCACUGAAACUUUCUAUGCAGAGUUGCUGGCCCAUUCAAAUAAAGAGACCACCAAUGUUCCUUCCUCAAGUGUCAUUACCAAACACAGAUGGAGAGUUUGACUAAAACACAGCUCUUAUGGCCACUGUGCUGGUAGUAGAACUAUAGGGGACUAGUAGGGGACUAUGGCCUAUGGAAGUCCCAUUUUAGUUGUUUGGACCGGGUGGCAUGGGAAAAACCUAAAAUCGAGCCAGAGAAUAGGAGGUCGUGGCUGGAAUACCUUAUUCGGAAUGUCAUGGGGGAGGGAUCCCAGGCAAUAUGCUAUCCAGCAGUAAUUUACAUAAGUACAUAUUUAGGAUGUUUAAUUUCUCCAGCACAAUGUAACAUUUCAUUGGUCUUACUGCAUAACUGUGGCAAAAGGUUUUCUGUGCUCUACUACAUAAUGCUGAAUAGAGAGUAAUAGUAGUAAAUUGUCUAAUCAUUAUCUAAGAAUAAUUGAGUCACUCAGAAUUGGUUUGGUAGCACCAAUGAAAGCUUGCAUAAUUAACUAGACACCAUUUACUGCUAACACAUGAUACAGUAUGUUCUAUGAAUUGUGAAGAGUAUUUUGAUUUCCAGGAUACACGUAGUACCUUCUACCCCAGUACAGAUAUAUUUUACCCUGCAUUUGAUGCAUAUGCUCAAUUCUGAAAAGUGCCCAUCAAAUGUAAGUUAAAGGUCUCAGUUGUAGACAGAAUGGAAACUUUGUUCAGACAUCUGAAGACACAGAUGAAGCAACAGGACCCAUCCCCUCUCCAGCCACCACCCACAGCGCCCACCUCAGGACCUGUGUGGCAAACACUGUUUAUGAAUUUUUAUUUGUAAAAUCUUUAUUAAAUUGUUAUGUCUAAAA